AUGCAUGGCAUGUCUCCCAUGAAAAGGAUGCAAGGAAGGAGUCCCAACAAUCUAGCAGGUCCUGUUGAUUCAGGAAAUCCUGACUGCUUUGGUGGCAAUCCACAAGGUAAUGACAACGGUGACCAAGGAGAUCCUGAUGGCAGUGACCCAUGCCCUGGAGGAGGUGGAGGCGGUGGCAAUCCAGAACCAGAACGCAGGCACUUCCGUGCCAAGGCAGAUGCCACAGCCUACCCUACUCUUAGAUCCAACAAGGAGUUUGACACUUGGUAUGAGGCUUUCAUUGUCAUAGCCAGAGCACAAGGCUUCUACAAGGUCUUCGACACUGAAUAUGUUCCCAUGACUGCCGAGUACUUUGCAGAACUCCUACGGAUGAACCGGUGGAUCUAUGCUGUCCUCCUGAACACAGUGAAGACAACCAAUGGGAAAGUCAUUGUGAAGUCUCACUUCCAUGAUGCUGAUUGCUUUGCAAUCCUUGUGGAACUGAUCCAGGAUGCACAUGCAUCAGUAGCAAGCACCCUGGACCAUGUUGAGGUCCUCCAUUGGCUUUCAAGUGUCCAGUACAGUCCAAGGCAGGGCUCUGCUGUUGACUUUGUCAUCAAGUUUGACGAGACCAUCACCCACUACAAUGAUGGCCACCAAGAUCCUAGCGACAAGCUCAGUGACAGCAUGCAGAAGCUGUUCCUGCAGCGUGCCUUCACCGAUGUCCAAGUCCUGAACGACACCAGGUCCCGUGAGCAUGAAAUGAUGUGCCGUCAUGGUCCCCAAGAACGCUUCACUUACGAAGCCUACAAGGAGACACUCAAGAAUGCCGCCACCCACUACGAUGACCCUUAA